CACCGCUUCUGCCUUGAACGCUGCGAAUCCCAGCAAUCACCCAUAACCUUUGUUUGCAAUUCGCCGCAAAUCAUAAAUUACGGUAGCUUAUCAACUCCGCAUUCUCUACAAAUAACCAAAGCGUCUCUGCCGCUGCAGCAACCGCCGCAAUGGACCAACACACCCAGACGGGCGUCCUCCUCACCACCGCCUUCGCGACCUUUAUCGCCGGCUACGCCUUUGGCAUCUUCACAAACCGCGGCUACCUCAUCUCCCCGGAACUCGCCGAGGAGCGCCGUCGCAAUCUGAACGACCCCGUCGAGAGCGAGGAGGAGGACAUUGACGAGGACGCAACCAUUCUCGACCACGCGCCAAACUGGUUCAACGGCGACGCUGCCGAUAGACGACAGGGCCUGCGCGCUCGCGGCCCCAAUGCGCCUGCUGGGGCCAAUACCUUUGCUUCCGCAGCUUCUGCAGCUCAGAAAGCCGUUGAUCUCAACUCGAAUGAGGAGUGCAAGCUCGUCCUGGUUGUCCGCACGGACCUGGGCAUGACAAAGGGUAAAAUCGCCGCUCAGUGCUCGCACGCAACACUCGCCUGCUACAAGGCCCUCUCUCGAAACAGCGAUUCCAAGUCCCCCGAGCGCCGCAUGCUCAGCCGCUGGGAAAAGUACGGCCAGGCCAAGAUUGCCGUACAGAUUAAGAGUCAGGAUGAGAUGAUGGAGCUGCGCCGCAAGGCUAGAUCGCUGGGUAUCACAGCCGAGAUUAUUCAGGAUGCUGGCAGAACACAGAUUGAGGCUGGCAGCAUCACCGUCUUGGGUGUUGGCCCUGCGCCGAAAAGCCUUGUCGACCAGGUCACAAGCCACCUGAAACUCCUGUAAACCAGUUAUGAUUAUAUUUUUGUUGUAAUGUCUUGGAAGUUUGGAAGACGGCGUAUUUUGUGCGUAUAGGAAAUAAAAGUUUGAUAGACGAGGAAUUAGACACAAGCUCACAAGGUUGUCCCCAUUGAGAAACAAAAAAGGUUCUAUAAAGUGAUUGAUUCAAGGUGUCAUGCAAAUGUAUAUAGCUACAGAAACGCCAGUGUAGACCAAAACAAUUCAAAAAGACUAUUUACUCUCGUCGCGCAAAUCUGCCAAGCGCCGGCCCAAGGUCUGCUUGGACCUCUUCCUUCUUCUUCUCCCUCUUUGCUUGCUGCUCUUUCCACAGCUCGUCGACCUUCAUUCUCUUCUCGUCGAUAAUGUUCUUCUUUCUUUGCUUGCGCAGGUACUUGCUCAGCGCGCCGUUCUUACCACGAGCCCUCUUGCGAAUCUCCUCUUCGACGGAAGUCUGCGGUGUAUCGAGAUCGCGGUCGGCCUUGCGCUGGGCAUCAGAGCGGAGAUCCAGGUUACCAACAAAGUUGGGAUCAAUGGCAAUCAUCUCAGGCUUGAGCUUGUUGAGCAAGCUGCGGACUUCAGUCUCCUUGCGCUGCUGGUUCGUCUCGAAGGGGUUGAGCUCCAUGGCGUCAAAGUUGGCCUCACCAGCGCCAGGGACGAUGAUAGAGGAAAAUCCUUCCUCGUGGCCGAGACCGAGCACAUCUUCAAACGGACACCACUGGACACGCUCGAUGCGCUUGCCCUCACCACCCCAGCGCAUAUACGGGCUCUGGACCUUUUGCUGAACGGGGGCGUUGGUGUCGUAGAGACCCUUCCAGAUGGUAGAUUGUGUGCCCCAUGAUAGAGCUGUAAGACCAGUGUCGGAGAUGGCUAAGGAGGAGGCGGGGGCGCGGGUAAAGUAGUUGUUGACUUCCUUGAACAUGCGGAUAUCCCAGACGGCCAUGCGCUGGUCCUGGCCGGCAGAGACCAUGUAUCGGCCGAUACGGUCCAUGGCUAGUGCACGCACGGGACCCUUGUGAGCGAGAAGCUUGACGUGCGGCUCGCUGGAGUUGGGAGACCACAGUGUGACUGUUCCGUUUUGGUGGCCGACGUGGAGGAUGGCGUUGUAUCUGUUUUGUCCCAUGGACACGGCAGGGCCCAGGCGGGUUGGCAACUCGGCGACCAAUUGGCCGGUGGAAGUGUCUUGGUACUUGAGCACGCCGCUGUUGCCAAUAGUGCCGAGCAAGAAGUGGUAGGGGAGGAAUUCCAUGUGGGUAACGUCGGUGAGCUUUCGGAGGCAGUGCAGCUCAACACCGUCGCUGUCGUAGAUGUAGACAUACUUUUUCUGCGCCGCGGCAAAGUACUGGUUGUUAUGGAGCCACUUGAUGUCUCGUAUCGUCUCGCCAAGUUGUCGUUCGAAGCCGAGCUUACCCUCUCUCCAGUCCAUGCUAGCGAUAUGGCCCUUACGGCCAGCAAGCAGCAGUUCUCGUCCGUUUCGCGAGUAGUCGAAGAUGUACGGACCGAGAGCAUCCAGCUUGAGGUCGAACCUCUUGCUUGCUGUCUCUACCGACAAGUCUUCCGUCAGGUCGUCCUGUCGUACUUUGUAUGUGCGCUCGAGUUCGGUUUCGGCCUCGAGGUAGCCGGCGGUGUUUUCCAAGAGAAUCUCGGCAUCCUUGGCCUUGACGGUGGCAUCUUGGUACUUGUUUUCCAGUCGCUUCAGGUUUGUUCGCAGCUUCUUGUCUUUGAUGUUCUUUGUGUUGAUCUUCUUUCCGCGGCCGUAUGCCUUUUCUGCUUCGCGCAGUCUCUUCAUCUGCAGUCUCUCUUGUCGAGGGACGAGAUCCAUGGAUUGUGUAGUUCGUUCGACGGGAGUAGCGCCAUUGCCUUGCCCUUUCGAGCGCGGCUUCUCAACCGUUUCAACUUCCAUGGCUGCAAGAAGAAAUUAAUGGAGAGGGAAAGGGUUGUUGGGAAAUUUGGUUAUAGAGCAGAG